AUGACAUUCGCCUACCCACGCAACACGGGCGCUUCUUCCCUUCCCUCCUUCAACCAAAAUCAGUCGUCAACAUCGCAAAAUAUUCUCAGUCGCGCCUGGGACUGCAUUCCCUCAGCAAAACAAUGGCUGCCCGGGAGUGUUAUUCGGGAAAUGGGCAGAAACCAGGAGAGUGAGGGGAUCAAGGCAAGAACAGUUAACCUUGUCAAACGUAUCUUUACGAUACCCAACGCCAUUAUUUUGCUGUGGAUAUUCUCGAUUCGGUGGGGUGAACGGACGGUAUUCCAAGACAGCAUCAACCAAUGCCUUUGGGAUAGCUGGGAAGAAUGGCCUCAAGGCGCCACACCACACCACAUUGCCUUUAUCGCCGACCCCCAACUCGUUGAUCCCCACACUUACCCCGGUCGACCAUGGCCUGUGUCGACGUUGACGGUCAAAUACACCGACCAAUAUAUGCGACGGUCAUUUUCUUUGAUACAAGAUUUCCUCGAGCCGGACUCAGUGCUGUUUCUUGGUGACCUUUUCGACGGUGGUAGAGAAUGGGCCACGGCUACAACUAGCAGCCCCGAACAGCGGUGGAAGAAGUACAAGGACACCUUUUGGAAGAAGGAGUACAAGCGAUUUGUUAAAAUCUUCUUGGACCCGUGGGUAACAUCCGUGAAGCCACCUGUCGAUGGACGAGGGCGCAAAAUGAUUGCUAGUCUACCUGGCAAUCACGAUCUUGGGUUCGGUAACGGCAUCCAGGAACCCGUCCGUGAUCGAUUUGAGUCCUUCUUUGGAAACCCCAACCGCGUCGAUGUUAUUGGGAACCACACCUUUGUUUCAGUAGACACUCCCUCGCUGAGCGCGAUGGACCAGCCUGAUCCGUUGACGGGUAGUUCUCCGACCGCCAGCGAUGAAAACCGUCUCCAGCGCCCGAUCUGGAAAGACGCAGAUGACUUCCUGGAUAAGAUGGCUAUUUACAAGGCCAAGGCAGAGACGGACGAACUGCGAACGUUCCAAAACCAGAGUGAAGGGCAUAAUGUGUUCGAUUAUCGUAUUGUUGACGCUGUCGAGCCUAACAUCCACCAAAAGCCCCAGUCAGCAGGCGUUGGGCUUCCUACUAUUAUUCUCACUCACGUCCCUCUCUACCGCAAGCCAGCGACUCCCUGUGGUCAUCUCCGCGAACACUACCCGCCAACUCCAUCAGACGAGGAACUGACAGAGGACGAACCUAACUCUCUGAGAAUUGCCGGAGGAUAUCAGUACCAGAAUGUCCUCACGCAGACCAUUUCCACCGAAUUGGUUUCCAAGGCAGGACCCAACGUCGUCCAGGUGUAUUCCGGCGACGAUCAUGACUACUGUGAAGUGUCCCAUCGGGAAUUCAACGGCUCGCCCGAUGAAAUUACAGUGAAAAGCAUUUCCUGGGCGAUGGGAGUGCGUCGCCCGGGCUUUGUGCUCACCAGUCUGUGGAAUCCAAUCGACCCCAAGACUGGCAAAGCGAUCCAAGACGGAUCACCACCCACUAUCCAAAACCACCUCUGUCUCCUCCCCGACCAGCUGGGCAUCUUCCUCUAUUACCUUACUAUCCUCGGCCUUAGCGCCUCCAUCCUCCUCCUCCGUUCUAUAUACUGCGUCCUCUACACCCCAGAACCAUCCCCAUCCGGCGCCAUUCUCCCCCUCACCGAGCGCCGCUCUCUCCCACAUCACCAGCACCAGACCUCCGGUGCGUCCAGCUCUACCCCCUCAUCGGCGGGUGGCUUGGCCAGUCGCAAUGGCAUGGCAGCCUUCCCCCGCUACCCCGGCGCUAAAUCCCCGCAAGAUCCUUAUCGGGGUAUAGACGAUGACUUUGGAGGCGUUACUUCCAAGGAGAAGGCUGCAUGGCGUCCCGCCUUGGCUACCGGUCCCCGCUCCACGGUGUCCCUCAUCGCCCGGGAUCUGUACCAUUCUAUUAAGUUUGUGGCGCAAGUGGUGCUGAUUGUGUAUUUCAUCCUGAUCUGGCGCUGGUAG